GGUUAACAACAACAAUCAACAUCAUCCUCAUCUUUUCAUCAUCACUUUUCAUCUGCAUCACUUUUUUUCACCUCUGGUCAUUUAAUUUCAAAGUGAAUCUGAUUUGCUCCCUCAGGUUGUUUAUCUUCAUUUUUUUGCGAUUCUCUCGCUCUCUUGUUGCUCAUUAAUUCCCCUUUGAUUGUUGUUGUUAAUUUUUAAUCAAUCUGAUCAUUAAUUGUAAUUAAUUUGUUCAAUGUUUAAGUGAAAGUGCAUCUUAUCAAAAUUCUUGAAAGGUGACAGCAUCUAUGAGAAGAAGAGAAAAUCAAUAUUCUUUGAUAAGUUAUUAUUCUGUGUAAAUAGUAGUAUCAUCAUCAUCAUCAUCAUCGUAAUUAUUAUUAAUUAAAUCACAAAUUAUCAACUUUCGGGUAUGACCUCAACUUUUUACAACGGCGCAGCCGAUCAAUGCAAAGAGUAUCUAUUUAAAAUAUUGGUUAUCGGGGAAAUCGCCUCUGGUAAAACAUCAUUUGUUAAACGAUAUGUUCACAAAUUGUUCUCGACUAAUUACCGAUCAACUAUUGGUGUUGAUUUUGCUCUUAAAGCGGUUAAAUGGAGUGACGAUAAGAUUGUUCGAAUACAAUUAUGGGACAUAGCUGGACAAGAGCGUUUCGGUAAUAUGACCCGAGUCUAUUAUAAAGAAGCAGUUGGUGCAUUUAUCGUUUGUGAUGUCACCCGAAAACAAACACUCGAUGCUAUUCCCAAAUGGAAAGCCGACCUCGAUUCAAAGGUAACCCUUUCUGAUGGGUCAAGAGUACCCACCGUCCUUUUAUUGAACAAAUGUGACAUGGAUAAAGGAGAAUGGGCUCAGGAUACCGUUUUUUUGGACUCCUUUUGUCGGGAUCAUGGGAUUGAGGGUUGGUUUUACACUUCGGCCAAAGAAAAUAUAAACAUUGAUGAAGCGGCUCAAUUUUUGAUAACAUUGAUCAUGCAAAAACAGAGUUCCCUUGACAGGGAUGAUAAUUUUAACGAAAGUAUCAAAAUAACCCGACAAGAUGAUAUUCAGACAAAAAAGUCAUGCUGUUGACCCACAAUACCCACAGUGACCAUUGUCCAUCUUCACCCAGUUACCUUUUUGUUUUUAAACUACAAUCAGCUUAUAAAAUAUACAAUAUGUUGAGCGUUCGAAAUGGUCAUUUCCGUUUAUCUAAUUCGAAUCUUCAUCAUAAUGACCUUACUCUCUCUCUCUCUCUCUCUCUCUCUCUACUUGUUUUACUUUAAUAAUCAUUUAAUUAUCAUAUCUCCUUUUUCACCUUCGCCAUUGUUAUUGAUGUUUCUCCCUUUAGUUUUUCACCAUAACGUCUUCCUCUUUAUAUUCAGAACAUUGUGUUACAUUAUCAUUAAAAAGGAAACAUGAAUUAAGAUAAUCAA